UUUUGACAAAUAACAAAAUAAAUAAGUUUUGUUUUUCACAGUCGAUUUUGCCGGCAGAUUUUAAUUAUUGGGAAGUAUUAUUCCGAGUUUAAAAUAGAAAGUUCCUGAUAUCAAGUAAAACUCCAACAUGUCUAAUGAAGAUACUGAACAAUAUAGGGAGUUUAUAAAUAAACUGCAGAGAGAUGAGCAUCGGCCGAUUGCAUUGAAUGAAAUAAAAAAUUUGCUUUCCUUUAAGUCUUCUCCAGAGGUUGUUACUACUAUUAGAGAUGUUGGUAUUUCCAAAAUCGUCCAGUGUCUCAAUGUGGCUGACAAAAACGAUGUUGAUCUAACCUGUGAAGUAUUGAAGUUAUGCUUUGAAAAAUUCCAAGUGGGUGAUGUUAUAAAAACUUAUAUUGGACAUAUCAUGUAUUUAUUACGCCAUCAAAAGGAUUGUGUCCGUAAACUUGCUAUAGAUGAGGUGUAUAAGGUAGUUGCAACGGACCCCAACUUACUGCCUGUGCCACAAUAUAUUGAUGUAUAUGUUGCCACAGCACAACUGGUUAGCGAUACAGAUGUAGGUGUUGCCAAUAAAGCCAUAUUGAUCACAUCAAAUUUACCCAUAGAGGCUUACCCUAAGGUUUUGGAAGAAAUGAAAAUAGCAUUGGAAUACAAUAGCAGCAGUAAAUGUAAUGCUUUGGAGGUCAUAAUAAACAUUUCAUCAAAAUCAUUUGACUUGUUCAACUUGAGUGCAGAUUUAGGCUAUAUUGCCUUUAUGGUAUCCGAGUUACAAUCAAAAGAUUUUCUCUAUCAUCUAAAUAUUUUAGAGUUACUGUCCCGACUGUCUGUUACAUCUUAUGGUAUUAAUUACCUGGUUAAAGAAGGUGCUUUGAAAUCUAUAGCAGAUAUUGUUGCUGGUUUUGACAGUAACCCACUUGCUGGGCUCUUAAUAUCAGGUUACAUGAAAUUUUUUGGCUGUGUUGCCCAUCAUUAUCCUAAAGAGAUAUUUGACAAAUAUCCUGUUUUGUUAGAAGCUUUGUUUAGUGCAUUUGACACCAGUGAUCAUAAUGUACUACCUGUUGCUCUGGAUACUCUUGGCUUCGUUGGAACAACUGUUGAAGGAAAAUUAUGCUUAGUAGCAUUAGGAAGCAAGUACACACAAACAAUUGAAAAAUUAGGGCAAAUUAUUAAAAAUAGCCCCACAGAGAUCAAAGUUCGCGCUUUGUAUUGUUUUGCUAAUAUCAUCAGCAUUGAUAAGGAUCCUAGUGUUCCCAAAACAGGCCCAGUGGAUCAUAGAGUCACUCUAAUGACUAGAGAGUGGUUUAAGAGUUUAAGUGAAAGACCACCUUCUAUGGAAAUUGUGUUUGGAUUAUGUAAGAACCCCUUCCCAGACAUAAAACUGGCUGCAUUUACUUUUCUUGAUGCCUUGUGUCAACAUCAGUGGGGUGAAGAAUUGGUUGCCAGGACUGCAGGUUUCAUUGAAUAUCUCUUGGAUAGAUCUGUGGACUAUACUAAAGAAUCCAAGGAGGUAAAAUAUGACAUAAUAAAAAGGCUAUCAAAUUCCGCUGCAUUUGAUCCUAAUAUGAUUACAAGAUUACAGACAUAUGUUGAACAAGGUCCUUUCUAUUCAGAAAGCCAGUUGGAAGUUGCUAUGGAAGAUGGGGACUAACUAAAAAUAUAUGUAUAUAUUUCUUACUUUUAUUUACUACUCACAAGCAAUUAUUAUGUUAAAAAUAAUACAAAAUAAUUUGAGAAGCCCAAUUUUGUUUGCAAAAUAAAUAAUUAUAAAAUA